UUGAAUUAACUGCGAGCUGCUGAGGGAGGUCGAACUCUAACUCGUUGAGCUUCAAGUCGAUAUUGUCCGCCUAUUCAUUCUUCCUCUCUGUGGAACGGAAAGCGACCCACCAGCCGCCAGUUGAUCGCAUCGGAUCAAUCGCAAAGAUGGACAAACCCCAUCCAGAAGGCUUACCGACGUACAGUGAUGCGACAGCGUCCACAUCCCGACAGCAGCCACGCUGGCUCAACCGCCGACAGAAGCGCAGAACACUCCGUCUCGUCGCCAUCACGUGUCUGGCAUACCUCGCUUACUCCGCCUCCAAGAUCGCCGGCAACACCAAGAAACUGGAAAGCACCCUCUCCAUUGAGCGCUUACACGAAGACUAUGCUACAUGUGCCACCCUACGAAGGAAACCAGUCGAGCCUACUUCGCGCCGCGAACACAACAAAAGAUGGAUGAACGGGACGAAACCCCUGCUUAUCCGCAACGCGACGAUUUGGACCGGCGAGCCUGCGCGCGGGACUUCCGAAGAGGAUGCAAGAGCCGGAAAGGGAUGGUCCUGGAUCAUCUCUUCCGACGUCUUCGUUGACCGCGGCCUGAUCGUUGAAAUCGCUCCCGAUAUCCCGAUCCGCGCGCUUCCACAGGAUAAAGAAGUAUUCGACGCGCAAGGCCGAUUGCUCACGGCUGGCAUCGUGGAUAUGCAUUCGCAUGCGGGCCUUUCUAGUGUGGGUAACCUGCAAGACGACGUUAACGAGCUUUCUGGCGAUAUCACGCCUUACGUCCGCUCGAUUGACGGCCUCGACCCCCUGCAGCCGGAAAUGCAAUACAUCAAAAGCGGCGGCGUGACGACGUCGCUCUUCUUGCCUGGCAGCGGGAAUAACAUGGGUGGUGAGGCUUACGUGCUGAAGUUCGCGGUUGGGAAGAAGAACGGGAGAGAAGAGAUCAGCCAGCGGGACAUGUUCGCUGACCCCGACAGGAAUUGGCGCUACAUGAAGAUGGCGUGUGGCGAGAAUCCGAAGAGAACGUAUGGUCGGGCAGGCAAGCAUGGACCCUACAGCAGGUUGGGCGAAGCGUGGGAGUUCCGGCACGCGCUUGAGCAGGCGACGAAGUACGUCAAAGAGCAGGACGAUUGGUGUGCGGCUGCUGAUGCGACUGGUGUCGAGAAGAUGCGCACUUACCUGAAGCAAGAGCUGGAGUGGGAGUCGCUGGGUGCGGUGUUGAGAGGCCAGGUUCGCGUGAACACGCACUGCUACACCAUUCCCGAUCUUGAGGCCUUCGUUCGACAUACGAACGAGUUCAAAUUCAGGGUCUAUGCUUUCCAUCAUGCGCAUCAGACGUUUUUGGUGCCUGAGGUGCUCAAGAGGGCCUGGGGCGGGACGCCGGCUGCUGCGCUCUUCGCCGACAACAUGUACUACAAGGUCGAAGCAUACCGUGCCUCCGAGCGUGCCGGAGCUCUUCUCUACGCGCACAACAUCACACCUACCUACGUCUCUGAUAACCCGGUGCUCAACUCACAACAUGUCGUCUUCGAGGCCGCGAAAGCGUAUGGCUAUGGAUUGCCGUAUCAUGCUGCCCUAGCUGGUGUCACGUCUGCGCCUGCUGAGCUACUGGGUCUCGGGAGCAGGAUUGGCAAAAUAAAAGAGGGCUUUGAUGCUGAUAUCGUGGUGUGGGAUUCGGAUCCGCUAAGUGUUGGCGCGACGCCCGUGCAGGUCUGGAUUGAUGGCGCAAAGCAGUUCGAGGAUCCGGUAGUGCUAAAGAAGCCAGCAGCCAAGGCGAUCGACCCGGACCCAGAACUAGUGAACGAGUUGAUGAUGGAAGUGCACACAGGCACUGUGGUGUACAAAGGCAUAUCGCACGUCUAUCACGCUGACGUCUUGGGGGCUCACGACGCCUCGCAAGAGCUGGUAGCCGUUAUCUCAAACGGGGAACUCACCUGCAUAGGCCCUUGCGCAGACGAAGUCGACGCCGCUCAAACCUCCGGCACGCCCAUAAUCACGCUCAAGAACGGAUACAUAACGCCUCCCUUCACCGCGUUCAGUUCUUCACUAGGGCUUAUCGAAAUCGACGCUGAGCGCGACACCCAUGACGGCAAACUGCCAACCGACGGCGUAUCCCGCGCCGUUGACGGACUUCUCUUCGGCGGCAAGCAGCUUGCUCGAGCGUGGGAGCACGGCGUGACGCGCGCUAUCUCCGCACCCAGCACCGGCAGUAUCGACGCGAAGGGCGUGAGCGCCGGCUUCAAGACUGCUGCGAAGCAUAAGUUAAAGGAAGGUGCGAUAUGGGCUGAUGAAGUGGGAUUGCAUUACACGCUCACCCUGAGCGCGAAGAGCGACAAGACGCCAAGUAUGUCGAGUGCGAUCGGGGCGCUGAGGGCGAAACUGCUUGAUGCCAUCGACGCAGGAGAAAUAAAUGAGACAAGCGUUCCGACCAAGGAGCAAUACGAAGAAAAGACGUACCUGCGCCGAGUCGUUUCCGGCUCCAUGCCGCUCAUCCUUAGCGCUCACAGCGCCGACACCAUCGCCUCCAUCAUCCGCCUAAAAGCCGAAGUCGAAGCCGCGAUCGCCAGGUCAGCAUUCACAUCUGCUCCCACACUCCGCGUCGUCGUCAUCGGCGGCGCGGAGUCGCACCUCGUAGCGCAAGAACUCUCCGCUACCGCCAUUGCCGUCGUACUCGCCCCUCUUCUCCCGCAUGCACAAACGUGGGAUCAGCGACGCUCUCUCACCGGCGCACCACUCACCAACGGUACCACCAUCAACUAUCUCCUCGAUGCCGGCGUGCUCAUCGGGAUAAGCGUUGAAGAGGUGUGGGAGACUAGGGAUCUGGGUCUGCUUGCUGGAAUAGCGUAUGCGAAUAGCGAGGGGAGGCUGAGCUUCAAGGAAGCACUAGAUCUUAUAGGCGCGAACUUUUAUAAGAUGUUAGGAAUAGAAGGAGUGGCGGAGAGCGGGAGAGGCGUGGAUUGGGUGGUCUGGGAAGGGAGUCCGCUGGAGAUAGGCGGCAGGAUUAGAGGCAUGGGAGGGCAGGAUAAAGUUUUCGUGUGGCAGUGAGAAGCUUGUUCCGCGGCCCGCGCUGCGAAGUAGUUGUGCAGCCUGAAGACCCUCGGCGCUUCUUUUCAGCACCGCAAUUCCCUACUCGCAGUAAAUGGCUCGGCCCUUGAAUUGGCU